UAUCCGGACGUAAACAAUAACACGAGUCGCGUGUCUGUAGUUACGCUCUUGCUCGUUCCCUGUUGUUACUCUCCUGAACGGAUCGUGGCGGUAACGCCCCAAAUUGUUGCUUGCCAGGGUGAAAAUAAACUUUUGGGAGCAAGCUACGAUGACUCAUGAUGGAGAGCACCCGAUUUGUUUUCUUCCUGUUCGCAGGAUUAUUACAUACAGUGUUUCCUGCACUUAUUAUACAUGUGGUCGAAACCCAGCACACCAGGAUAGCACAAGUAGGAGAAGAUGCUCAACUCAGCUGUUGGUUUCUGGGUAGUAACGGUGUCCAGGAGGUCAUAUGGGAGAAGCUCUCGGGGAGUACGAUGCACGGUGUUGGCUCCUACAACCUUCUUUCUGGUGCAAAAGUGUUUCCACCCUUUAAAGAUAAAGUUCAGUUUGCAUACAGUGGACUGAAGAACAGCUCCAUAAUCGUCAAGAAUGUAACAGAGCAGGAUGUAGGGUGUUAUCUCUGCCUGUUCACUUCCUACCCUUUCAGAAAUCUGACAGCUGAAACCUGUCUGAGGUUCAAUGAGCUACAUGGACCCUUCAUUGACGUCAGAAGAUCAUUAAUUCCUCCAGGGUCACUUGUGACCUGUUCAGCCACAGGUCAGCCGGCUCCCACUGUGACACUGACUGUGUCACAUAUGGUCUACUACUCCCACUACAACCCCAGCUCAAAGACCAACACCAACGGUACCAUCACCAUCACCACCACAGCUCUGCUUUCAGCUGUCAACAGCACACUGGUUAGAUGUUCAGUGGAAGUGGGCUUUACUGAUCCCAGAGAGCUGCUGGUCACCGUUCCUGGAGUCAAAACGACAUCUGGUGAACAAUCUCAAGUCCCCAAAUGGACGAUGACUUUUGUAUUGCUGAUGUUGCUGUUGUGUAUGUGUUUUUGUCGGCUCAGAAGAAAAUAUAAGAACAGACACAGAAAGGAUCUGGAAACUGUCUUGAUGCAGACGAUGAGAUGCACUAGGUGUGGAGAACUCUUCGUUACCAAAGAAACAUCUCAGACCGCGAACAUCUGAAAAACAGAGACAAGCCAGCGAGUCCCAACCAUAACCAUGACAACAGGAACCCAAAAUUUGAACUUUCUUCCUGCUAAAUAACUGCAGCUGUAAGUUUUGUGGCCCAGAUCAAUUGAAUUAGAGGCGUUUGAAGAUCUUACGCAGUAUUUUCUCUUGUAAAGCAAUAAAUUCUAUUUUAACUGAUGGUGAAACUGACCCUGAAGCUAUCAGUGUGUUUCACUGUCCUGUUCCUCAGUCGGUAAAGUACUUGUGACCACUCUGUCUCUCUGUAACGGUACAAUAUGAGACGGACCGUCUGUGAAAACAUCAAGCUCCUCUGUCUUCUCCUAGUGCUAUCUGGAAACAUCGCUGUUAAUCACAAUCUUAUGUAGAAGAAUCAAAUAAAAAAACUGGAAUCCCCAAGGUAGUAUAAUUAGUCCUCAGUUAUUUAUUAUAAUGAUUAAUGAUAUUUUUAGUAAUAUAGAUAAAUCUUUUGGUGUUUCAUUAUUUGCAGAUGAUGGUAUUAUUUGGAAGAAGGGGGAAAAAAUCUAGAAUUUGUAAUUAGGAAAUUGCAAGAGGCAUUACAUAAUAUAGAAACUUGGGAUUUAGAUUCUCAAUGUCCAAAUCUAAAUUAGUUGACUUUACAAAUAGGAAAUUGAAUCUUAAUGUGAAUCUCAAAUUGUAUGGGGAUGUUAUAGAAAGGACAGAUCAAAGUAAAUAUUUGGGUAUAUGGUUUGAUUAAAAAAAAAAAAACUUACAUGGAAGAUUCAUAUAGAUAAAACUGUAGAAAAAAGUAAAAAGGUUUUAAAUAUAAUGAGAUGUUUGAGAGGCAAAUUAAUGCUAAUACAGUUAAAAACUAAAAUCAUUAAAUAUUCAAGUAUAUUGUACUGGUGCAGAAUAAAAAUUGUAAAACCUGUUAAAAAUGUUAAGCGCAAUUCAUGUGUUUUACUUUUAGCGUUCAAAUACAAAAGGUCUGAGAAAAAGCGAGUGUUUGAGUUAAAGCACACACUUUAAAAAAAAACAACUAUAAUAUGGUUUAGAUAAUCAAAAGCCAUCUGUGAAUAGAUUUUGUCAUUUGGCAAAAUUCAUAAUGUUAAACUGAGCUUGUUCAAAUAAUCCUUGUUCAGUUUAAAGCGACAUUAUGGCCAUUUGUCAUGUACUGAGUUACUCAGUGACACCUGAAGUAUUGCAUAUGAAGUAUUGUAAAUGGAGUAUGUUCAGAAGAAGAAUAAACUUUCCUGUUAAGCUGAA